UAUUCAUUCACAAAACGUCAGCUUUAGAAGAAAGGUGGACAAAAUACCCAAAAGAGAACUUAUCACAACUUGUAAUCUGUUUUAGUCCCUGUUGUGGUGCAUUCUUUUACAGUGGUAAACUCGCCGCCUUCUGAGCCGAGACCAGUGAAUAUGGUAAUUUUCAAUAGCUCUCAGCGCUGCCUGAGCUUUUGGAUAGAUCAAUAAAUCGGCUAACUGGGAUAAUUAAAUUUGAAAUAGACAAAUGGAAUAGUGUUCUUCUCUUUGUAACUGGGCGAGAUUAAACGUACAAUAUGCUGUGUUACAACUGAACCGUAUAAUUUCUCUUUUCUUUUCUAGCCCGAAAACAUGCUGGUCCGGUCAUAACAAUCAAAGGACACCGAUUAUGCGCGGACAUUGAAAAGCUGCUCGAUGAUAUAAAUAAGGAUGCGAGGUCGGGAGGCAGGAAGGCUCGAAACUUAGACACAGCCACGGAGCAGCUGUUGAUGUGGAUGUUCACUGCAAAGAGGAGCAGGGUUGGAUUUUCGGAAGGCACCCGCGCAAAAUGUUUACCUUCGCAUCGUCGUUCUGUUGGUUAUUUCUUGUAGUGAUUUCUUCGUGCGGACAGGGAGAAGUGUUCACGAACUUUGACGGUGCAUCGUACGUGACCUACUCUUACAAUGGACAGCCGAGAACCCUUCCAGACGAUAUCGUCAUCGUUUUCAAGACGAUUAAAGCUUCUGGAAUACUUUUUCACGCUGCAAGCCGCGAAGGCGACUUCAUAACACUGGAGCUCCUGCGAGGCAAAAUCAGGUGAGCUUCUUAGGACAGUUUUUGCUUCUUUAUCUUAGUUUACAUCUAAGCAUAUGUUCGCUGUGAAGUGCGAUUUUGAUUCCUCUUUUUCAAAAAAAAAAAAAAACAAGCAACGACAUUUUUGCCAAUAACAGUUCUCGGAAAGCCUGACACACCUCCUGUCAUAGGCGAAUAAUUGUUUUAUUUCAUUCGAGCGCGUUUUUGUUAAAGAGAGAAGAAAACGAAGACGAUAUCGUCUGGAAGGGUUCUCGGCUGUCCAAGCUAUUUGUCAAGGAAACAAUUCUUUCAGUUUUUUUUUGGUGCCGAGCAAGAGACUUAAUUUUGUAUUACGCUAUAAUUAUUUUUUAAUAUCUGGUUGAAUUUGUGCAGACUUCUGCUGGGAAAAGUGUAAUUUCAAAAAUUGAAAUUAUUUAGAUGAAAAAGGAUAAAAAUGUUUAGUUUAAAAUUCUAUUACUCCUCCCUACCAAAAACCGGUAGACUAUAUCAGUUUUAAGAAAAUGAGAAUGCAUCCGUGAUCGAUCAAUCUUCCUUUUUAAUGGGUUCGAACUACAUUUAAAUUGUUAGUGAGCCCUGCAUGAUCUCUCCGUGUUUGUAGGAAGCUCUGACCCUUAACAUUCUUCUAAAAUUUAGUCUAAGGAGAGUGGUUUUGAAAUUCUGUCAAGGAUACCGCGCGUUGCUCUGGUCCAAUGUUUGACGUUUUUGUCGGAAGGAGAAUUAUUUUCAUUACUUUUGAUUAUUUGGUCGUAAAAUCGAAAUUCAUUUGAUGUUUAAGAUUUCCGUUUACUUUAUUUGCGAUUAUGUGUAAGCUGCAAAAUCAAAAACUUCUCAAUAGUAACUCUCGUAAUUUGUUUUUUGCGGCUUCUGCGUCAAGGACGCCCCUCUGAGAGUUAUCCAGCUAUAAUAAGGUUUUUCCUCCAUCAUUCCGUUACUUUCGCCGAUCAACUCAUUGAACAAGCCGUGCAUAGUUGGCCCGUAGUUACAAAACGCCGUAGUCGAUCCACAGGCAUUGUUGUAGGAACAGAUUCAGUAGGAAGCUAAUUACAGAGAAAAGUUUAUUGUGUGCUCUCGAAGAAAUCCAUCGUUUGCACCUGCGUCUCCGAAGAUUUGCGCAUGCCCAUGUCGGUGGACCCGUCAUGAAAUAUUCAUAUGGAGUGUCCUGUUCCCGAAAUGUAAGUCAUCGAGUAAUGUUACAAUAAAAAACAAACAUUUUUUGAAAAGUCUGACUGAAAAGAGAAGGUGUUUUUUGCUGUCUGAAACGUCUUAGUCACUGAUGGUACACUUACGUACCUGUACACUUCGAUAUCUAUUCAUUUGAUCGAACGCGUAAUAAUUGGUAGAUCAUAACAGAUUCGUUCUAUCUUUAUGUUGCAUUCACUUUCAUGAUGUGAAUAAACACAGACUAGAAUUUGAAUACUAGAUCAGCCGCAUUUAGACAGCACACAGAACGCCGGCUGUUUUUGUACUUAGUAAUAUAUCCUUAAACUGCAAGCACUAUUAAAAACAAAAAUUUUUCAAAGCCUCUGUGCUUUUACUACACGUACCGUACAAGGACACGAUUUCUUGGUUUUGGUUUCCAGAUUUCUUUAGACAUGUAGCCUUGAUGGUAUUAAUCUAUGAUUAUUGCUUUUAUUGGAUUCUUGCAAUAAGAAAAACGAAACUCGGUUGUGGACCAAUUUUGCUUUAACGUUCUGCCUGUUUUUUCUUCGUGCCAUGCAAGUAGCACAAAAUUUUAAGUUUGUUCAAAACAGACUUCUACGGCCUGGGAAGUAUCCUCAUGAAUAAUAGAACCUGAAUGGCUUUGUGCCUCCGCCGUCUUUGAGGGUAGAGGGUAUAAACAAAAAGAGUUAAAAACAGAGAGUUUUAUUCCAGAAUAAGGUAUCUUUGAGGAGUUAUAGUUUCUCGUUAAUAUUAAAUUUGGUAUAGGGAAUGGAUAUUUGAUUUCAAGUCUAAAAUAGGGUACUGAACAAAAUACAAAUGAACAUGGUUUCUUCCUAUACCCGGUAGCACACACCAACCUAAUUCAGUACUAAAGAACCCCUAAGGAGCAGGGUCUAUAACAACAGUGGUAGCGGGGGCAAACGCAAGGCUCAUCAAAUUGUUUUAGUUUAUGCGGUUUUGCUUAGGUUUUUGCUUAUGCCUAAACCGGCUCAUGUCCAUAGUGAAUUUCCCAAAUCUUGCAGAGUCGGUUAAUGAUCCAUUCAGCCGCAAACACCAUUUCAGUACUUUCCAAAGAGAUGUCGGUUUACGUGAACAGAAUCAGUUUUGCUUUAAUUUUCUGUUUGUUUAAUAAGAGUUUGAUUCGAUUGAUUUCUUCAAAUAUAUUAUUUAUGCUUAGGAAAUAGACAGGUCGUGACUGAAGUGAAUUGUGUCUGACCUUGAUUGUUGCUUUCUUCCUAAAGAACUUUUUUGUCACUGAUUUCUCAGUCUGAUAUACGUUUUGGGGCCCUCUCGGAAAGUGUACAACGACGAGUCACCGUCAUUAGGAACCCGAAACUACGACGUAGACGACAGUGAGAACUUCAAGGAACAAUAGCUCUUAAUAUGAAGCAAAACAAUAUCUCUGCAAGUCCAGCGCUUUUCUGUAAAUUUCUUUGACGUCCCUGCUUAUAAACUAUGACGAGUAAUGAGCAAAUUUUGCUUUCUCAAAGGGCCGAACGUAAACGGCAGGACGAUAUUUUUUCUGUAUCCGAAUUCGAAUUAGGAUACUGAUUAAACACGGCAAGUCGGGACAAGGAGCGUUUGCAUGCUUAUUAGCCACGAGACAAUAAGCCCGAGAAAAGGACGGUUUGCACUCGCAAACCGCGAUUUAAUAAAACGAAUACAAUUUUGAAUUGUUUAUGCUCACACUCAGACACCCCUUCUAAGACUUACCAUGACUUGAAGGUCGUGGAAAUGACGUUAUUGCAUGCCCUAUAAGUUUGUUGAUGUUUGCAGGCCUAAACGUUUUGUUUUGUUCAUCCUCCAGGUAUUCCCUCUUUGCGGGGAACAUGCAAAACGUGACCACCGGCUACGUCAUUGGACAAACGGACCUGGCAGACAAUAGUGAGCACCAAGUAGAAAUAAAGCAAAUGGAGGCAAACGGCAGCACGCUCACUCUCUACGUGGAUGUCGACAAAAAGCUCAUCGAAAUACCUGGGUUUUAUUCCAGGCGUUUUGCGCAUCAGACUUUCUACGUUGGAGGUGUUGACCUUAUUCAAAGAAGAAAAAGACACUGGUAUUUAAGAGAGAUUCUUCCCUACGUUCCAUUUGAAGGGUGCCUGGAUAACCAACACGUUAAGAUUAAUGGUAUAAACCUCCUCGAUUUGGCAAGAAAGGGAAAUGCAUCUGUUUCUGGAAAACUAACUCCUGGCUGUAACAUAGCCUCUGAGGGAUAUAAUCCAAUAACUUUUAAAAAACCCAAAUCCUUCAUCAAGGUGAAUGUUCCAGUAAUGAACACUGCUUCCUAUAGCGUCAAGUUCCGCACGUACAUCGGGCAAGGAAUCCUGUUACAUCAGCGAGCAACGGUAAAAAACGGCGCUAACAUAAAACUGUUCCUAGAUUCUGGUAUAGUCAAACUGGAAUUCGCUUCGGUUCCACUUCAAGUUGGAUUGAUGAUAGAUGAUGGAAUGUGGCAUUCUGUGACUGUUGAUAUUAGCUCAAAAAGAGUCACGCUUACAGUGGAUAACAAAGAGUCAUCUUCUGACUGUGAUGGUUCUUUUGUAACUAGUUCCGUGGUAUUUGCCGGAGGCAAUGAAUGGGGGAAAAAUGGUUUUGUCGGAUGUAUGCGUGAUCUUAUCGUACAGGGACAGAAUAUCAGUUUGCGAAAUUUAUGCCGAACCCAAGUAUGCAGGAAUGAGUGUUCGCUCCCAGACCUCUGUGUUCCUAACCCUUGUAGAAACCGUGGUAGGUGCUCACAGCAAUGGAACCAAAGCGUUUGCGACUGCUCGGGAACUGAUUUUACGGGUACAAAAUGCGAGAAGCCGGCGUUUUUUAUGCAGUCAUGUGCUGAUUGGUAUGCUGCGGGUAAAAGGACUAAUGCAUAUUACAGAAUAAAUCCUCGACAUUCAGAGCCUUUUGCAGUCUAUUGCAAUAUGACAAACAUGAGAGGUCCUUCAACGGUGAUUUUUCAUACCCGACAUAGAAAUAAAGUUAUCGCAGCUCGAAACAAUCGUGACGGUAAAUAUUAUCAGCACGAGAUCAUCUAUGAGAAUUCUAAUGACCAAAACAUUAGGGACCUAAUAGCAAGCAGCACGCUCUGCAGGCAAUAUCUUCAGUACAAAUGCUAUAACUCAGUAAUUUUUGAUUCGCCUAAAACUUUUGAUCUUGAGUCGGGCCGAGGAGCACGCUGGGUAUCACGUGACGGACAAUUGCAGGAUUACUGGUCAGGUUCAUCUGAAGGGAGUAUGAAGUGCGCAUGCGGAAUGAAUGGAACGUGCGUCGAAAGAAACAAGGUGUGCAAUUGCGACACCACUGACAAUAAGUGGCAUACGGAUGAUGGAUAUCUAACAAAUUUACAACACCUCCCGGUAAAAAAGUUGUUAUUUAGCGUAGAUGGAACUAGCGCGAAAUCUUAUUACGUUUUAGGAAGUCUUGAAUGUUACGGCUCAACUACUAUUAGAACAACCACGACCGACUUUGCACCAAAUGGCAGUUUCACCACACCUAAUCCAACAGGCCUAGAAUCGACCAAGCAAACAGCAAAGUCUCCAAGCACUUCAUCCACUGGACCAUCUGGUGGGAAAGGUCGUACUAACAACAUUCGGGUCAGUACAGUUACCUCUAACUUGGCAGGCACUCUGCACGACAGCACUGCAACCACAGAACCUCAGAAGAGGUCAACAACGCACACCCAAGAAAGUCUUCAACCACACGUAAUUGUCAUAGAGGCAACUAGGAGAUACAUAACUAUUCGCGAAAACGCCAACCAACAACUUGUGCUUAUCAUACUUAGCGUUAUUCUAGCCGUGUUCGUUAUUGCAAUCCUUGUGCUUAUUGUGAAACAGAACUUGUUUUAUCCUUGCAAGUGUCUAAAAGUGCCUUUUUGUCAUGAAGUACCCAAUUCAGAUACCAUCGAGCUUCGCCCGCCAAGUCCUGCCGAACCCGAGAUCCUGCAGCUUGAAGCAAGCCCUUAUCCGGCAAGAAAUUACCAUACUGUAUCUCACGAUGGCCGCGAUUCACCGUCUUUAGAGAUUUACAGUGACGCCGAGACUGACAGGUUAGAUAUAAGCAAUGGCAGCUCCACUUGGAACUCGGAAAACGCGGACAUGGAAAAUGAAAAAUCCGAAAAGCGGAAGGAUUUUGAAGAUAUUGAUCUUGGGCUCAUUGACCUUGUACCUUUUCCUGGCUGUAAACAAUUCAGCACGGAGCAGCAAAUUCUGAAACUUAAGGAGGUCUUAUAUGAUGUCCUAACUGCCGCUGACGUCACUGCCACCUACAGCGACAAAAACAAAAACACUACUAACCUUACUAAACGCUGUCAGGAAGUGGCGCAAUGCAGAGCUGACGUACAGUGUAACCAGCCACUGUUAACAGAAGACAAACAAUUAGGAGAUUCAAAUAGCGAUUCUACAGCUUCUAUUUCUGACAUAAGCUCAACGAUUGAACACUCUCCAGACAUCUCUCCUUGCAACGAAGAGAUUAAUGUGAAAAGCUUCAGCAAAGAAUCGUCCGAGGAGAACGCUUACAAAUCAGAGAGAGACAAAGGUAGUUUGACUUCCUCCGACCCCCAUGAUAACUACCUUUCGUUAGAUGUGGAUAGUCUAGAGAGCGGUACUCUAAGACAGCCAUUAAAGGUAGCGAAUUUAAAUGGCAACUGCUGUUACGAUGAACAACUUUUAUAUGACAAUAGUUUUAGCCACCGACGCCAAAAGCAAGCUGAGCUGCAAAAUGUCUCCAAUAGCAAGUCUCUCAAGAAAAACAUGCACAGGCAUAGCUCUCCGCGUUCGCACCUAUUUUCCCGCCAAAAGAGCGAAGAAGAAUCACUGCUGUCUUCGAACCAAGCUAGUCGAGGUAAUCCAAGCAGAGGCAAUUGUCUCUUAGAAAGUCGCUGUAGUGGCGUUUCUAAUACUUUUCAUCAUACUAAGCAGCCGCACCAGCAGCAGCAGCAGCAGCAGUAUCCAAAUGGUCAAGAAAAUCAGAUUAAAGAGCGCUAUAAGAAGCCCGCUUGUGCUAUGCCGCCCAAGCAACCGCGUGCACAGAAAUAUGAAACAGAACUAUAG